GUAACACUGGAUAUGGGCGGUCAUCAUGGACCGGGACAAGUAAAAUAUUGAGCAGUGCUCAUUAUCCAUUUAUCCUCAACACAGCCUAUACGAUAAUCUUGAAGGACCUAUCUUUGAUACCAACAAAAAGGACGAUGCAGAAGCCAGGUAUUUUCAUCCAUCAGCGCCUACCUCUUUCGUCCACCCAUGGCUGCCUACAAUAUUUAUGCUCAACAGUUAUCUGAACUAUGCCAUGGUUAUCCCCUCUGGUUCCCGGAACCUUGCAUGUAUGAUGAAGUGACAGUAGGCGACGUGGGCUACGUCCGGGAGGGAGUCUUUCAUAGACUGUUCAAUGCCACCAGGGCGUCCGACCACCCUUCAAACGCGCUAUAUGGAGUUCCGGAGGGCUUUGUGCAGCUACAGCUUCCCCAAGGCUCGAUCCGCAGGUUUGAGAAACUCCUAGAUCCAGGUGCUCCAUUAUAUAGUCAGAGUGUCUCCAAGAUAGGAAUUGCGGCCUCGGCAACAGGGCCUGGGAGUCCGACCGUCGCUGGCGCCAAUCUACAGUUCUCGUGCUCUAGUAAUCGAGGCGCUAUCUUGGUACUAACGAGGCGUACCGAUCGCGAAGAUGUCAUGUCAUCAUGCGAGAGGGCUUCGAAGAGUACAUUCGAACUCAUUUCCGGAGCUGGUAUCAGUUUGUAAAUGGUCGUUUGCGUCAUGGAGUCGAACAUGGAAAAAUCAUGCUUGUUACAGGAUGCGACAAAACAGCUGAGUGGGCUUCAGCUGUCUUUAGCGGUAAGACACGUAAUGCCCAUGUGUCUUUCACCCUUGGCAUUCCAUCUGGGAUUUCGGGACAACUUGAAGCGGCUGGGACGUGGACGCAUGAUCAAUCUGUGCAGCACAGAACAGGUCCUAUUUGUCAGGGUACUAUCAAGUACGACCAAACAAUAUUUAUUAGGGGCUACCGCAUCCGCGAUAGAUUAAUCCUCGCACCUAAAAUUAUCAAGGCCGCUGCUGAGCCAGGGCCAGAUUCCCCAAGACGUGGGGAAGAGGAUGGCAUGUCGCUGCAGAGGCAUUACGAGGGUGAAUUCAGCGAUAACGAAGAGUCGGAUUUCGAGGUUGAGUAUAUUCCUCACGAGCAAUCGGAUUACGAUCCAGCUGAUGAUUUGUUCGAAUCCAAGUUCAAGAGCUCCUCCUCUGAUGUUGUUAUCGUCCACGAUGAUGAGUGGUGUUAUACUCUAUCUCCAAGUGGCAACGACAUUCCAAGUCAAUUGAAAAGUAAAGAAGAGAUUGCACCGUCUCACCACUACAAACGGCCGGAGUAUGUAAUCAAUAGAUCCACUUCGACUCAUGGCACAAGUGGGUUACAAAUAUAUGAUCAGCCCUUACUCUUGAAGCAGAACGAUGUACUAUCCGAAGCUAUGGGAGCAGGACCAAGUUCUUCCCAACGUUAGGAGAGGAGUGCUAGAAUUGGGAGCACGAGUGGAAUCGUAGGCUCGAACUUAGACCCCCCAAGCACGAACCCGGACUCCCCGUCGGAACCCGCUAAACCCUCCCCGGAACCUACAAAGUCCUCUUCCCCGGAACCCGCGAAGCCCUCUAGGCUUCCUCAGGUUGCACGACGACUCUUAAACCGUGUGCGCUUAACCAAAUCCAAGCCGUCAAAGUAUAGUGCAGAACAAAGUACCCAGCCUAAUGCAAGUUCCCUGAUUGACAGGAAAGCUGAUCUUUGGGCUGAUUUCUGAUUGCGGUGGCUUGCGACGGCAGCACGCAGUGUAACUCACAUUCCCUGAUUGACAAGAAAACAGAUGUUUGGGCUUGACCCGUAUAUAUAGGACAGGAUGAUGUUAACUAGGACCCAGUGUAAAUACAGUAUGUUUACGGAAA